AUGUCGACUCACGGACGCGGUCGCGGCCGAGGUAGAGGUAGGAUAGGCACUGUUACUCCUGGCCUGGCAGGGAAUGAUCCAGUAGACUUCAUGGCUGCCCUGGGAAAUAUGGCUGCGGCUAUGCAGGCGACAGCCGAGGCACUGGGUAAUCAGAUAAACCAGGGUAAUCACGGAAACAAUAAUGAUGAGGACGGUCCCAUGACACUUGCUGUAUUCCUGAAAGUUCACCCUCCGACCUUUAGGGGAACCUCAAAUCCCACAGAUGCAGAUAAUUGGAUUCAAGCUAUGGAACGGGCACUGCAGGCUCAGCAGGUUCCUGAGGAGCAAUGGGUUGAGUUUGGAACUUAUCAGUUGCAAGGUGAGGCUCAGCAUUGGUGGCAGGGGACACGACGUAUCCUGCAGCCAAAUGGCGCUGUGAUUCCUUGGGAGGUUUUCCGAACAGAGUUCUAUAAAAAAUACUUUCCUAAUUCAGCCAGAAAUGCCAAAGAACUUGAAUUGAUGCAGUUAAAGCAGGGACAGAUGACUGUUGCUGAGUAUACUAGCAGGUUUGAGGAGUUAUGUCGCUUUUCUCGUAUUUGUCAAGGUGCGCCUGAUGAUUUUGCUGAGUGGAAAUGUAUUAAGUAUGAGGGAGGUCUUCGAAGUGAUAUUCUGAGCUUCGUUGCACCAAUGGAGAUCAGAGUGUUUUCAGAACUGGGAAGGAACUUCGCCCCUAGAGGACAAGAUUUUAAACGAGGUGGUUAUACCCCACAACCACAUUUGGGUCAGAAUAACUUCCAGAGAUUCAGUAAUAAUAACAGCCAGGGAAGAGGCAAAGGAAAGCAAGCUCAGACCCCACCGAAUGAUUUAACUUGUAGAAGGUGUGGAAAGUACCACCCGAAUACUCCGUGCAGGGCUGGUUUAGGUGUAUGCUAUUACUGUGGUGAAGCUGGGCAUUUGUCUUGGAAUUGUCCAGAAAAGAAGAAGAAUCAAGAAGCUGGAAAGGCACAACAUCAGGGACGCGUGUUCACUAUGACAGCGGAUGGUGCUGGAACCGCAGAUACUCCGAUUAGAGGUAAUCACGCACUGAUAAUCGAAAUUUCCGACUGCCUUGCGUAG